GUUAAAAUUGUCGAAAUACUUCAUAUCAUUUAGUUUAUGAUUUUAUCCUGUUAUUUUCUCGGCAUGUUUGCUUUCAUUGAACGACCCUUUUCGCUACAACUGGUGUAAUGCCUGAAAUGGGUGAAAAAAGUAGUGGAAAUAAAGUGAAAAAAUCGAAAAAUGAUUUAUUUCGUUCAUCAUUGGGUUACUACUUGAAGAAGAAAAGCUUUGUGGGUAAUGAAAAGUUUCGUAAGUCGGACUUUCUACUCCUGCAAAACAAACGACAAUUUAUGGUGCAAAAGAUGUUGGAUCUAGACUUGCAAAGCGGAAACUCAUUCGGCUUCUCCAAUGUACUCUGCAUCACGAAUAAUCACCACAUUGUUGACCAGCAGUUCGGCCGUUUCUCACAGUUUGUUGAGUCACAAAGCGAUUUCAUACGUUUGGAGUUGCGUCGUCUGUAUGCACCAAUGCUUUGUCAUCUCUAUGUAGAACUGAUGAAAGCGCGCGAACAAAAAGCUGCCCUUGAAUUGUUAAAAAAGUAUUCACAACUAGUAUCGCCCGUAGAAACAUAUGAAGCUCCUUUACCAACAAAAAUAAAUGGCUGCUCAGUGGCUAAUGACACACAUGCCGAUCAACCACACGCUACAACACCUCACACCAGCAUACGUUUUGCCACUCUAACAAAUGAUACAUCCGCAGACCCAGAACUUCUAUAUUUUACAAAACUUAUACAGACACUUUCCGCAUGCACAAAACUGGAGACAGCCGAAAGUGAUCCAGAUAUUGUUCAAUUUCGUUCGUCCAAAUAUGAAAUACAUACUACUGAAGCAGUUGUGGAGAAGUUACGCACAUAUUUGGAAAAGCGUGGGCAUGUGCUAAUACUCAAUCUCUUGUACUCAUGGAUACAUUUGCAUGUUGUUGACAAUGAAGUGCAAAAAUGGAGCGAAGAAGAUAUCCUCUUGGGUUUCGAGUCGCCUGAAGAUGACGAAGAAAAUAAAGAUGAGUUUACAGAAUUGAAACCAAAAGUCAGUGUGCAACCUGACCGCUCGAGUACAAAGCGUGCAGCCAAAGAACCACCUGAAGAGCUUAUGAUAAAGUCUGAAAAAUCGGAAGACAAUUUGGAUGAAAUAAGAAACUUGCGUAUACAACAAGUGGCGGACAGCUUACAAAAUUUACGAACCUGCAGGGAACAAAUUCUAAAAAGUCAUACACAACAUCCUUAUAUUAUAAAGCUCACAGACCGCAGCAGAGGCCUUUCCUGUGCCGAUGUCGAUUCCGAUGAAUGCCAUCUUGUGGCUGGUUUUAACAAUUCAAUUGUACAAUUGUGGCAGCUAAAUCAACAAACUUUUCGCGGCAAAAAUUUAUAUGCGCGCUGUGCAGACACAAUUUGUCGGUGGGAGAUAAAUAAUUAUGGUGCCAUGGAAAACGAGACUGAGGAUCAAAUUGAAUUUGAUGUAAGGGAACAUGAAAAAAAUUGCAAUGGCAAUAAUAGACGGAAAAAAAAAUUCGAAGCUGGCAAAUACGGAAGUAAUUCAUUUAAUGAAUAUGGUGGCAUUGAGUUGCGUGGUCAUGGUGCUGGUGUUACAGACGUACGCUUCUCUAAACAUUACCCGCUCGUUUAUAGUACAUCUAAAGAUAGCACCAUUCGUAGUUGGCGUGCGGAAAGCUAUAGCUGUGCGUAUAUCUACCGCGGGCAUCGCUACCCAGUUUGGUGUCUGGACGAGAGUCCGGUGGGUAUGUAUAUUGCCACCGGAUCUAAGGAUCUCACAGCACGCUUGUGGUCACUAGAACGAGAUUUUCCAUUAAUAACUUUUGCUGGUCACACGCAAGAUGUAGAGUGUAUUGCCUUCCAUCCAAAUGGAAAUUAUAUGGCUACCGGAUCAGCUGAUCUUUCCGUGCGCUUAUGGUGCGUUACAAGCGGUAAGCUGAUGCGUGUCUUCUCGGAAUGCAAACAGCCCGUAACAAACAUUGCAUUCAGUCCGGAUGGCAAGAUGUUGGCAGCUGGUGGUGAGGAGUCUAAAAUUCGAAUUUUUGAUUUGGCCGCUGGCGCACAAAUGAAUGAACUGAAAGACCACACAGCUGCCGUAAGCAAUUUGGCAUGGAGUAAAGGUGGUCGACAUUUGGCAUCGGCGUGUCGCGAUGGUAGUCUACGUGUUUGGGAUGUAAAGAAGUUAUCACCCAUUAACGACACCAGUGGUAAUAGCAGCAUGGGAAACUCCUCAUCUUCCUCCUCCUCCUCAUCGACUACCUUGAAUAAAGUAAUGGCGCUAAGUAGCAAUUGUCAGCGUUUAGUGAAAGUGGCAUUUAGCCGGCAGGAUGAAGUCGUUUGUGCUAUUGGCUGUUAAUUGUUUAUUAUUAUUUAGAAUUUAUACAAUGUAACGGUUAGACGUUUAGGAAUUACUAAUGCAAGAACAAAAAAAUAUAUUUAGAUACGCUAGAAAUUAAGAUGGAGAAGUGCUUGAACUUAAGCUUCUCAAUAUAAUUAGAGCAUGUUUAGUUUAUAUCAAAAUACUAAAUUAUUAAGAUCUGACUAAAAUAAAAGAAAUCUAAAUAAAUCAA